CAUGUCCUCAUCAUGGCCUCCCUCUGGCGGCUUCUUGCCCUCGGGCUCAGCCUAGGACUCGCCGCUGCUCAGUCUAUCAAGCCUAUCGACUCUCGUGGCUCCCUGCAGGUCGGAAGCCCGCUGUACUCGCUCAACCUCAGCCCUGAGCCACUGCCGGGCAGAAAAGACCUGCAUCUCUUCCCGUCUACACCUGAUCUCUACGUCUUGGACCAGUCUAUAAAGAUGUUUUUUCAGGAACUUCACAUAUCAGGACGGCUGGUGACCGUGAGCCCUCGCAACGCCAACAAGCUCAAGGCAGGCGACAUUGCAUAUCUCUCAUGCGAUCCAGACGAUUACCCGGCACAGUCGAUGCAGGAAAACCCCCAGCCACCCAGGCCGCACGGUGGAGACCCGAAGAACAAUGGCGUUGAGACCACUCGUAACACGGCAAUGAUCAUCCUCUAUGCCGUCACCGGCAUUAUCACUAUCUUGUUCCUGGCCGUCAUCCUAACCGGUGCGAUUCGGGCACACAGGCAUCCGGACCGGUACGGACCGCGUAACAUUCCGGGUCGCGCGAGGCAGAGUCGUGCAAAGGGCAUUGCCAGAGCGGUGCUAGAUACCCUGCCCAUCGUCAAGUUUGGAGAGGACAGAGAGCGUCCGAAACAGCAUGAUGUCGAACUGGCGGAUGGGCAGAUUCGUGAACUUGACCACGAACAUGCUCCUGCUCAAGCUCAUACUCCCGCAGUAGAGAGCUCUGAUCCCAGUGCUGAUGCCGAUGUCCCUGUCACGGCCACGACCGAUGCAUCGGAACAGCACCAGCCCCGUGCUGCCUCUCCGUCUGCAUCUGCUGCUGGUUCUGCUGCUGGUUCUGCUGCCUCUGAACGAGAGCCGUCCACCACCUGUCCCAUCUGCACGGAUGAGUUCGUUCGCGGCCAGGACGUUCGUCUCCUACCAUGUAACCACUCCUUUCACCCAGAGUGCGUUGAUCCAUGGCUGGUAGAUGUCUCCGGCACUUGUCCACUAUGGUACGUCUUUGAAUCAUCCGUCUCCUAUGCUUCCAUGCUAACCAAAGCAGUCGAAUCAAUCUCAACCCGGAAAAUGAGCAAGAGCGGGAACACACUGAAACCAUCACCGGUAUCGAAGGAGAUCCUGACAUUGAUGGCAGAGAGCGCGGUGCUCCCCACACGAUGGCUGGCAGCACAUCUCCCGAAGCUGAGGGCGAAGGCGCUGCGGCUGACGGUACAAACGAAGGCACCUCACAUCUUCAGCACGCUCGUAUCCUCCGAUCACGACAGGCAAACGCCGAUGAGAGACGACGCAAUCGUCUUUCGGCGCGGUUCGUUGAACGGUUCCGCAUUCGCACUCGACCACAUGGCGAGGCUGACGGGAGCAACAGUACUUGAUCUACUUUUUGGGCUUGUUUCAUCUCAUAUAUUUCCUUUCGUUUACAGGCGUCCGGGCGUUCAGUGCGGGAGAUAUUAA